UCUAGCAUAUGUAACGAUUUUACACCAUUUUGGACACCGUAUAUUUUUGCCUUCGAAAGUUAGGUUUGUUUAUCCAAAGAAUUCAAGAUGUUCUUCAUUCGACUUCUCCUUGCUUCAGCCGUCACCUUUUGCUUCACAAGUUUUGUUUUUGGAGCCACUGUAUUGGUAGAUGAUGAAAUACAAGCUUUACGUGAUAUAGCGAAGACUUUGAGAAAGACGGACUGGAAUUUCAGAGUAGAUCCAUGCAGUGCACAAUCUGUAUGGGUCAAAAAUAAAGAUAAUGCUGUUCACUGCAAUUGCAGCAUCCCCAAUACCAUCGGCUGCCAUGUUGUCAGAAUAGUUCUGAAAGGACAAGAUCUCACGGGCACUCUGCCACCAGAACUGGUGAACUUGCCGUAUCUUGAACAAAUUGACCUGACCCUUAACUACCUUAGCGGCACAAUCCCUCAACAAUGGGGCUCCUUCACAAGGCUUCUCAACAUUUCUCUUCUUGGAAACCGGUUGACCGGUUCCAUUCCCAUAGAGCUUGGAAAUAUCUCCACUCUCAAAAGUUUGGUCCUUGAGUUCAAUAUGCUUUCUGGAAGUCUUCCUAGAGAGCUUGGAAACCUAAUCAAUAUAGAAAGGCUACACUUUACUUCAAACUAUUUUACUGGGGAGGUACCUGAAACGUUUGCAGGGCUAAUGACAAUGAAAGACUUUCGGAUUGGUGAAAAUAAAUUUUCUGGAAAGAUACCCGAUUUUAUUCAGAAUUGGACAAAUCUCGAAAAACUGGUGAUUCAAGCAAGUGGUUUGAAUGGGCCGAUUCCUCUCCACAUUGCUUUUUUGGAAAACUUAAGUGACUUGAGAAUUAGUGACUUAAGAGGACCUGAAGCAAAAUUUCCACCACUUCAUAAUAUGACAAAGAUGAAUACUCUGAUACUAAGGAAUUGCAAUAUUACUGGGCACCUACCUGAAUACCUUGGGAAGAUGAAUAAGCUGACAACCUUAGACCUCAGUUUUAACAAACUCACUGGAGGAAUUCCAAGCAGCUAUGACGGUCUUCUAACAGGGAUCGAUUUCAUGUAUCUAACUGGAAACUUGCUAAGUGGACCAGUGCGUGAUUGGAUGCUAAACAAAGACAGAAUUGAUCUUUCGUAUAACAACUUUCCCAAUGGAAGCUUUAUUUGUGAUCACCAAAGCUUGAACUUGUUUACAACCUCUUCAAAGGGGAGUGACACUGGAAAUAUUUUGUGUCUGAGGAGUUCUUCUUGUUCAAAAAUUGUCUACUACCUCCAGAUAAAUUGUGGCGGACCAGAAGUAACUAUAGAUGGAAAUACUAUGUAUGAUGAUGAUACAGAGCCAGGUGGACCUGCAAAAUUCUUUAACAGAGGAAAUUGGGCAUUUAGCAGCACUGGUCACUUCAUUGAUGAUAACAAACCAAAGGACAUUUAUAUUUUGGGAAAUUCCUCCAAACUCACUAUGGCUAAUCCUGAACUAUACAUGACUGCACGCCUUUCUCCUCUGUCUCUUACUUAUUAUGCUUUUUGUUUGGGAGCUGGAACUUACAAAAUAAACCUCCAUUUUGCGGAGAUAAAGUUCACCAAUGAUAAUACAUAUAGCAGCUUGGGAAGGCGUGUAUUUGAUAUUUAUAUUCAGGGAGAGCUAGUGGAGAAGGAUUUCAAUAUUGCAGAUGAAGCUGGUGGAGUUGGCAUGGAAAUCAUAAAACCUUAUCUUGCAGUUGUGAAUAAUAACACCUUAGAGAUCCGUUUUUAUUGGGCUGGGAAGGGUACAACUGGCAUCCCUGGAGGAGGAGUCUAUGGUCCUCUUAUUUCGGCAAUUUCUGUUCAUCCUGACUCUACAAAUGGCAGCGGUGUAUCAGUAAGAGUAGUAGUUGGAAUAGUGGCUGUAGGAGCAUUUGUUCUAUUUCUGGCUCUGGGUAUCCUCUGGUGGAAAGGCUGUCUAGGACAGAAGAGCAGAAUGGGACAAGAUCUAAAGGGUUUAGACUUGCAAACUGGUUUGUUUACCUUGAGGCAAAUCAGAGCUGCAACUAACAACUUUGAUGCUUCCAAUAAAGUUGGACAAGGUGGUUUUGGUUCUGUUUAUAAGGGCCUCUUGUCAGAUGGUACAACAAUUGCAGUAAAGCAGCUUUCUUCCAAAUCAAAACAAGGAAAUCGCGAGUUCGUAAAUGAGAUAGGCAUGAUUUCUGCUCUUCAACACCCUCAUCUUGUUAAGCUCUAUGGAUGUUGUAUUGAAGGAAAUCAACUAUUACUAGUAUAUGAGUACAUGGAAAACAAUAGCCUUGCCCGAGCUUUGUUUGGCUUAGAAGAAUGCCAGUUGAAGUUGGAUUGGACAACAAGACAUAAGAUCUGUGUUGGGAUAGCAAGAGGUUUGGCUUAUCUUCAUGAAGAGUCAAGAUUGAAGAUUGUUCAUAGAGACAUCAAGGCUACUAAUGUUCUGCUUGAUAAAUAUCUUAAUCCUAAGAUAUCUGACUUCGGUUUGGCCAAGCUUGAUGAAGAAGAUAAUACACACAUAAGCACCCGCAUCGCUGGAACUUAUGGAUAUAUGGCACCUGAGUAUGCAAUGCGGGGUUAUUUGACUGACAAAGCAGAUGUUUAUAGUUUUGGGGUUGUUACCUUGGAAAUUGUUAGUGGGAGGAGCAACACUAGUCACCGACCAAAGGAGGAACCUUUUAAUCUUCUUGAUUGGGCACACCUUUUGAGAGUGGAAGGGAAUUUAAUUAAGCUAGUUGAUCCAAGGUUGGGCUCAGACUAUAACAAAGAAAAGGUGAUGGUCGUGAUCCAUGUGGCUCUCCUAUGCACUAAUGUUUCUUCAGCGGCUAGACCCACUAUGUCUUCAGUUGUGAGCAUGCUCGAAGGCAACAUUAUUGUUCCGGAUUUGGUUUCAGAUAUGAGUUUAUUACAUGAUGAAAUGAAAGCGAAGGAACUGCAAAAGUAUUAUCAAAUCAAUGAGGAAAUCAAUAUGAGUGAGAGCACGAGGCAAACAAUGUCAAUGGACGGCCCGUGGACUGCUACUUCUUCAUCUACUGCUGAUCUCUACCCAAUCAAUCCAGAUUCUGGUCUCUUGGAAAAUAGAUUUUAGAGAAUCUUAGAGGUUUCUCAUCAUUUCUUAAUGUUACAAAUGAUUUGAUGCCCAACUAUUUUAAGAAACAUGAAGUUGAAAUCAUAGAACUUUAUAUUUUUGGUUAUUUUUUCAAAACUCAGAGAGGAGAGCGAGACACAAUAUUGAUAGAUGGUGGAAUUCUCUUGCAAGAUGAGGAUGAUAAUAAAAACUAGCCUCCUUACACGAGAAAAGUGCAUGUUCAAAGGCUUUUGCCUUUUUUUUA